GACCACCAGGGCCGCAAGGCGGUGCACCUCACGCUGGAAGCGGCCGCCGCGCUGAUCUUUGGCGGCGCAGAGCUGCCGCAGGAGCCGCUGCCGCAGCUGCUGGAGCUGAUGCGGAAGGGGGUGGAGUUUCGGCCAGGUUUGCGGAUGGGUGCGCAACCCUACCGAGGGCGUGCCGUCACCGUAGAGGCCGCUGAUCGACCCGACGGGGCCUUCCGCUUCGUGGAGCUCUUCGCGGGCAUCGGCGGCUUUCGCUGGGCGUUGGAGGCCUUGGGCGGCCGCUGUGUCUUCGCUUCGGAGGUGGAUGUGGAUUGCCAGGAUGCCUAUGCCGCCAAUUUUGGCCCUGCACAUCUCUAUGGCGACAUCACUAUGGUGGACACUUGCGUGGUACCAGCACAUGACCUGCUGACAGCAGGCUUCCCAUGUCAGCCCUUCACAAGACGCGGUGAGCGUCUCGGCUUCGACGAUGCGCGUGGGGAACUCUUUUUCGAAGUGCUGCGGGUGCUGCACCAGCGACAGCCCAAGGCGUUCCUGCUGGAGAAUGUAUGGAAUAUGCAGUUCCUGGAUGGUGGUCAUUGGGAUAGCGACCCGCAGAAGUGUGUCUUCGGCGAGGUCUACAAGAAAGUCAUGUCUUCUUUGGAGGACGUGGGCUACACGGUCCAGUCCCGCCAGAUCAACGCAGAGGGAUGGGUGCCACAGAAACGGGAGAGGCUGUACUUCGUGGGUUUCCGCCGCGACGUGGACGGCACUUUCUUUCGCUGGCCGGAGCCUCCCAAGGGCAGACUCUGUCUGAAGGAUAUCUUGGAAACUGACGUCCAAAGCUGGCAGUUGAGCGAGGCGCAGUGGACGGCGGUGCAGAAGAGCUCCACCUGGCAGUCGGGUGGAGCCAAGCUACGCUUGGCUCACCUGGAUGGGAUCGCGCGAACGCUCACCUCCAGCUACAAGGCCUCCUUUGCUUGCACGGCCGAGCUGGUGGAUUCGGAGGAUGAUCGCGUGCUGCGGGGGUUGCAGCGACCCCGUUUCUUCACCCGACGGGAAUGUGCUCGAAUCAUGGGUUUUCCAGAGGACUACGUCUUUGCUAAUGAGCAUAGUGAGAACAGAGCCUACCAUCAGCUGGGCAAUGCGGUGUGCCCACCGGUGAUCAAAGCCGUUGCAGAAGAAAUUCUGAAGACUUUGGGGAUUCCCAGUGGAAAAAAUAUGCCCGGCUGCGGCGGAAUGGAACGUGUGGUUGCUGGGGAGCCAAGACCACUACGUGCCUUAAAUGAAUUUGAAAGGUUUUGA